CUCACCUCCUUUCUUCAGAUCAUUAUUGGUACAAACUCCAAAACAGAACAACUUAGCCAUCAUAUCCCAAAGGUCCUGUGCUGGGUUUGAGAAUUAGAAUGGGACGGUCGCCCUGCUGCGAGAAGGCACAUACCAAUAAAGGAGCCUGGACCAAAGAGGAAGACCAGCGCCUCAUUGACUACAUCCGUCUCCACGGUGAAGGCUGCUGGCGUUCCCUUCCCAAAGCUGCCGGGUUGCUUAGGUGUGGCAAGAGUUGCAGAUUAAGAUGGAUAAACUACUUGAGGCCUGAUCUUAAGAGGGGGAAUUUCACCCAACAAGAGGAUGAACUUAUCAUCAAACUCCACAGUUUACUUGGGAACAAGUGGUCUUUAAUAGCGGCAAGAUUACCGGGAAGAACAGAUAACGAGAUCAAGAACUACUGGAACACCCACAUCAAGAGGAAGCUUUUAAGUAGAGGAAUCGAUCCCCAAACCCACCGCCCACUCGAUCAUCAACCCACGGCUACCAAUACGAUUACACCCACCCAGUUGGAUUUCAGAAGCGUGCCCAGGGUUUCGAUUGCAAACUCAUCUCUGGAUUUCAAAUCCAACGAGUUCCAGAUCAAGGCCAAGGCGGAAUCCCUGGAAGAAGGCGAUUCCAGCAGCAGUGGAAUGACCACAGAUGAAGAACAACUGCAGCAGUGCAAGGACAAGUUUCCACGUAAUGGGCAAGACUUAAAUUUGGAGCUAUCAAUCGGGACUCGCUCAUUUGGAAAGAAGAACAACUCAACAACUGGGAUUUCGACUGCUAACUCGGCCGAUUCAAAACCACUGUCACACAACAAGAAUUUCCGGCUUCCUGAAUAUGCUUCUUCUAUCUGUUUGUGUUGCCAAUUAGGGUUCCAAGCAAGUGAAAAUUGUAGCAACUGUCAAAAUACUAAUGAAUUCAAUAGAUAUUGUUAACUUCUGGAUCCAAUUAGUGUUGCCAAUUGCUAACCAAAGCUAAAUUACAAUAUAAUGCGUUUGCUAUGUCCAUCUUCA